AUGGCGCAAGGGAUCCAUGUUCUCGGCAUACUCCUCUCUCUUUUUUUCGGUCAAGCAAUAUCACUUAAGAUCGCAACGUCUUUGCAGUGGAUUGAAUAUACACCACAGCCCUAUGCUAUCAAAAACUUCUAUAAAGGGACCGAUACUGCUACACUAUCAAGCGGAGGUGUCGCUAACCUCGCCACUGACAGCAGUCUGGACCUUGCCGCAAACGCGGAGACUCAGGGCCUUAAACAGUACGCCUCCCACAAAAACCUUCGCCUUAUCUAUGUCAUUGUGGAAGUUGGAUAUCGUAUGGUGGCCAACCAAGCUGCGGGUAUCACUAAGAUCGGCGACCUGAAGGGCAAAAGAAUCGGAACAAUGCAAGGGACCUCAGCAAGCUAUUUUGUCAACAAGCUUUUGGGUAGUGCCAAUCUCAAAAGCUCCGACUACACUAUCGUUUCCGGCAGCGUGUGUAUGAAAACUCCAUGCGGUUCUGGGACUUUUCCUUCGAUGAUUACUGGGAAGAAAAUCGAUGCUUUCGGUAUUUGGGAACCAGCAGUUGAACUUGGUGCUAAAUCGUUGGGAAGUAGUGCUGUCAUAUUCCAAAACGUUUCAAUCUACCGAGAAGUGUACAGUUUAUACAGCACGACGGAGAAAUUGAACAACAUAGCCACCAGGAAGAAUAUUGUCGCUUAUGUGAAAGCAUUAAACCAGACAUUGGAUGUUUUCAGGAAUCGUCCAGAAAGUGUUUAUGCGACGGUUGGAGGAAAUGUUGGUGUCGAUGCAUCAGUUGUUCAGGCGGUAUGGCCUGUCCACAAGUGGAGUGGAACUAUACCAUCAGAUCUUGUCGAUUUCCUGGUUGUGGAGGACGCAUAUUUGGCGCAAAGCGAUAAAAGAGCAGUGACUUCGAAGGCAGAUCUCACAAAAUUUAUUGAUUCGAGCGUGAUUGCCGAUGCUCAAAGGAUCUAA